UUGCUAUGGAAACGGAUAAAUUGUACACUGUAUUACAACUUUGUGACAGUGCUUUUCCUACUGGAGGAUUUUCUCACAGCAUGGGAAUUGAAUCUGCAUUUCAGAAUCAUCUUAUAAAAAGUGAAGAUGAUUUGAAAAGUUUUAUAAUUAGUAGCCUCGAAAAUGUUGGAUCAUCUGCUAUUCCGUUUCUAAAGUUAUCACAUGAAAAUUUCAAAGAUUAUCUAAAGCUAGAAGUAUUAGAUUCUUUGCAUAAUUCUUUAUUAAUGAACCAUGUUGCUUAUAAGGCUAGUAUACAACAGGGAAAGUCCUUCCUAAAUACUUCUUGCAAUGUUUUUCAACUGCCAGAAAUUACCAAUCUGAAAGCCUUAGUUGAAAAAGAAAAACUCCAUGGACAUUUGGCUAUUACAUUUGCUUCAGUUUGUGCAUCGUUACAAAUUCCAGCUUUUGAAAUGGGAAAAAUGUUUUUAUUUAAUUCUUUACGGACAAUUAUCUCUAGCCUUGUAAGACUUGGUAAAGUGGGUGCUAUUCAGGUAUUAUAG